AUGAGCGGUGCCGACCCGCUCCAGCUCGGGUCCGGCGCGAGCACGCCCGACUCGGCGACCGUCUGGCCAGACUGGGACGCUGUCGACCGCGAGAUUGCGCGCGUCUCGGCGUCGUCGAGCUUCAUCGCGGUCAAGUCGUCGGCGGCCCCACAUCUCGACGAGGAGGGCGCGACGGAGCGAGGCGAGGACGAGCUGGUGGAGCGCGAGGCGGCUGCGUACGGCAUCACUGGCGCCGCCGAGCUGCACGAUCGGCUCGCACGGCGGCGCGUCGUGCUCCUCGGCUGCGCGGCGGUCCUCUCGGUCGGAUCCCACUACUCGACGUACACGCUCGGGCCGAUCAAGAAGUCGCUCGGCACGAGCGAGGGCGGGUUCGCGGCUCUCGUGUCGUCCUUCGAGGUGCUCAACACGGUCAGCCCGCUCCUGUCGGGCUUCCUCGUGCCGCGGUACGGCGCGGCGGCGUGCGGGCUCGUCGCGACGGGCGCCGUCCUCGUCGGGCAGCUCGUCGUGUGCUUCUCGGCGGGCAAGGAGGGCGGCGUCGGCAACAACGUCGGCUGGACCGUCCUCGGCCUGCUCGUGUUCGGCAGCGGGACGUCGCCGCUCGCCGUCGUGCAGGAGAGCAUCAUCCUCAAGCACAACUCGGCGUCGUCCAAGUUUGUCGCACGGUCGGUCGCCGCCGGGCUCGUCCUCGGCAAGUCGGCAUCGUUCGCCGCAGGCUGGUCCUCGCAGCGCCUGUACGCCGUCUCGCCCCGCCUUCCCUUCGUCACGGCCGCCUCGCUCGCCGCCUUUUCCUUUGCCGCCUGCAUCCUGUACGCCGUCGUCGAGCGUUCGACGACCCGCCUCCUCGCCCAAGACGCUCGCCUCGUCGUCGAUGCCGCCGACGCGCCCGCCACCCGCCUCAAGCCCGCUCGACACGACGCGCACGGUGACCACCCGCCGUCGCUCGACCUGUCGUCGCUCGCGAGCUUCGGCACGCCGUUCUGGUGGUACAUCGCCGUGUGCGUCCUUGCCGGGACGUGGUACACGACGCAGCACCUCGCGACGCACCUGCUUCAGGCCACGUACGGCACGAGCGGUAUCUCGCAGGAGGAGGCGAGCGCGACAGCGUCCGUCCUGCUGGGCACGCCCAUCCUCCUGUAUCCGCUCGCCGGGUGGAUCGUCGACAAGCACCCGCACCUGCUGUCGACCUUCUGGCUCCUCGUCCCGAGCCUGACGGCGACGACGUUCUUCUUCCUCCUCCUCCUGUCGCCCGCCGUCCCUCCCCUCGUCGCGCUCCUCCCCGCAGCAGUCGGCAUGGGCUCGGGCCCGCUCCUCCUCGUCCUCGUCGUGCCCCGCAUCGUCCAGCGCCACCAAGCCCCGACCGCGCUCGGCGCGCACAAGUCGCUCGAGAUGGCGGGCGCCAUCCUCUCGCAGACGCUCUCGGCCGCGCUCCUCUCGCUCGGCUCGCCCCCCUCGCCCUCCUCCUCCACCACCGGCACCGGCGCGCCGUCUCGUGCGCCCGCCGAGGCGGACGACGAAGCGGGCGGGGCGGCCGACGGCGCGCUCGUCGGGCUCCUCGUCGCCGCGCUCGUGCAGCUCGCGUUCGUCGCGCGGUGGUGGCACGCGAUCCGGGUGCGCGACGGCGCUGCUGCGCGGGGCGCGGGCGCGGGCGUCGGUGUCGGUGCGGGAGGGGGUGGAGGAGGAGGGGCAGGAGCGGGUGCGGCGCCCGACGAGGCCGAGCUGGGCCUGCUCGCCGCUGUCGACGGCGACCACGGGGGCGAGGGCGGCGGGACCCACGUCGGCGAGGGAGGAGGCGAGCUCCUCGGGCGCAAGGAGCGGCUCGAGCUGCGCAGCGGGACGAGGGCGCUCCGAGCGGCGGCUGGCACCGUCGUCGCGAGCUGGGCGUGCUUCGUGUGGAACGUCGUGCGAGGGUGA